UGAGUGGACGGCUGAGACGCGGAGCGUGCAACCAGCUCCAGCGAGAAGCGAGUUGCCAGAGCCGGGCUGCGUUUCCAUCAGGAGCGGCGAGCUCCGUGCCCGCUCCCAACAAGAUGCUCAAGGUGUCAGCCUUAUUGUGUGUGUGUGCAGUGGCUUGGUGCAGCCAGACUCUUGCAGCUGGCGCGGCGGCGGUUGCGGCUGGGGGGCGGUCGGACGGCGGUAAUUUUCUGGAUGAAAAACAAUGGCUCACUACAAUCUCUCAAUAUGACAAGGAAGUCGGACAGUGGAACAAAUUCCGAGACGAUGAUUAUUUCCGUACUUGGAGUCCAGGAAAACCAUUUGAUCAAGCUUUAGAUCCAGCUAAGGACCCAUGCCUAAAGAUGAAAUGCAGUCGUCACAAAGUCUGCAUUACUCAAGAUGCGCAGACUGCCCUCUGCAUCAGUCACCGGAGACUCACACACAGUAUGAAGGAAGGAGGAGGAAGCCAUAAGCAGUGGAGAGGUCUCCUGUCACCCACCUGUAAGCAGUGCCCUGUGGCCUAUUCCAGCCCCGUUUGUGGUUCAGACGGACAUUCCUACUCUUCUCAGUGCAAACUAGAAUAUCAGGCAUGUGUUCUUGGAAAGGAGAUCUCUAUCAGAUGUGAAGGCCGUUGCCCAUGUCCCUCCGAUAAGUCCACCAGCACAGGCAGAACUGUUAAGAGAGCCUGCAGUGACCUGGAAUUCAGAGAGGUGGCGAACAGACUGAGAGACUGGUUCAAGGCCCUUCACGAGGGUGGGAGCCAAAACAAGAAGACAAAAGCACCGCUGAGGCCCGAAAGAAGCCGAUUUGAUACCAGUAUUUUGCCAAUUUGCAAGGAUUCACUUGGCUGGAUGUUUAACAGACUUGAUACAAACUAUGACCUGCUCUUGGACCAGUCAGAGCUUGGGAGCAUAUACCUUGAUAAGAAUGAACAGUGCACCAAGGCGUUCUUCAACUCUUGUGACACAUACAAGGACAGUUUGAUAUCUAACAAUGAAUGGUGCUACUGCUUCCAGAGACAGCAAGACCCCCCCUGCCAGAUAGAGCUCAGCAACAUACAGAAGCGACAAGGGAUAAAGAAGCUCCUAGGACAGUACAUCCCGCUCUGUGAUGAAGAUGGUUACUACAAGCCAACCCAAUGUCAUGGCAGCGUAGGGCAGUGCUGGUGUGUUGACAGAUAUGGAAAUGAAGUCGUAGGAUCCAGAACAAAUGGUGUUGCAGAUUGUGCUAUAGAUUUUGAGAUCUCUGGAGAUUUUGCAAGUGGAGAUUUCCGUGAAUGGACUGAUGAUGAAGGUGAAGAAGAUGACAUUAUGAAUGAUAAGGAUGAUAUUGAAGAUGAUGACGAAGAUGAAGGGGAUGAUGAUGAUGAUGGGGAUGACCACGAUGGAUAUAUUUGAUUAGUGACAGCUAACGACAAUAAAUUCUACAUUUUUAAUAUUUACAAAAUAAUAACAUAUUGAGAAUUACCUUCUUAUCCCUUAACAAAGUGAUUCUAAACCUCCACAUAUAUUUUGUAUAAUUAUUUCAAAUAUUGCAGUGGAAAUCAUAGAACAUUAUGUUUAAAUGAGAAUAACUUGAUUUCAGUUUUCAUAUGCCUUAGAAAAAAAGAAAACAUAUGGGUUGUAGCCUGAAUAAAGAAAGUUGUGACGAUUAUGAUAACAAAACUUUCAUAAGAACACAUGCUAUAAUUUGUCAGACAAACGAAGUAGCAAUGAAAGUGUGCUUGGGAUCAUAUGUGUUGCUUUUAUGACAGAUUUUAUAAGUUCAAUUUAUAGUAACUUAUUAAUGACCUAAACCACAAGGAUUCAUGACACGAACCGAAAUUAUGGCAUAAUAUUAAUUUAAUCUCAAAUUUAGCAUCUUCUCAAAACUUACAGUUGGAAGAGUAAGAAAGAUGGCUUAUGGGGUAAGAUAGCAUGAUGAUUUUUGAGUACUUAUUUAGUGGUGAUCUUUUACAUUAUGAAGUUAGUUUGGAUAUGAUGCUUUAUGCAAUAUGAAGUAUGAAAACCAUGGAUUCUGAAAGUUAAAAACUUAGUUUUUCUUCCUAAUUUCCAAUUUAAAUUAAAUUGCAUAUCAUGUGCAUUUUUAAAAAUAUUUGUAAACAGCAUCAUUUCUAGAUUUCUCUAUCUUUUUGACCAGCAAUCAGGGUACAGAAUUUCCACUAGGAGAAGAAAAAGAUUCAUUUCAACAUUUUUUUAUUAAAUAUAUUUUAUUUACCUAAGACCAAAUUUGAAAAUAUGAAUUCCCAUUUUUUAAAUUUAAUAUAAAAAUUUGAAUUUAAUCUUAGGAUCAUGCCUUUUUUUUAGUAGUACCAAAAUUAGAGAAUGUGUUGUAUGGUGCCUUGCAAAAAUAGAAAUAGGAAGAAUUAGCAUGCAUACCAGUAUGGGAUAUUAGGCAAUAUUUAAACACACACAACAAAUUAUUGCUAUAAAAGAUACUGCUGAAAUGAAGAAAUGGAAUAUGUUUCUUUCUUUUUUUCUAUUGUUACAUAAUCCCAUAUGGACUUGUUUAUAAUUACUGUGAAGAGUAGCAUUUAAGAUUAACUGUAACAAAAGUUACUUUGUUCACUAUACAUCAGUUAGCAUGUUAAUUAAUUGUGUAGACGUUUUGACAUGCCACCACCUUUGGGUAUAUCAGACCAAUAGUUUUGUGCUCAUAAUAGAGGUGAGGAAACCUGAUCAAUUUUACACACUGGCAUCUUUCACUUCAACAGUGAAUUUAAAGAUUUCCUGGAAUAUUAUUCAUAGAAAACACUUUGGUCAAUUCUUUCCAUUUAAUUUAUACACACUAAAUAAAAACUUUAAUGUUGACCUUACAUAAUAUUUAAGCUAUAAUGCAUUUUCUUUUUUACUGUUUAUGUAUAGUUUACAAAAUAAAGAAUCUUAUAACCAAAGUAAACAGUUCCUUAAUGA